AUGAUGAAAGGAAUUACGCACGUUGUUCAAUUGUCGCGUUGCCAUCUGCUUCUUCUGGUACUUUUUCUUUCGGGAUGCGCCAACGCGGAAAUCGAAAGACGCACCACGAGGCAAUUGAUAGAAGAAGAUGCGCCGGAAAAUCUGGCAUCUAAUUUGAACAAAGAGAACUGUGGGAAGUCAUAUAGUGCCACGUGUCUUAAAUUGGACGUGGUAUCCUUCCUGGAUAAAUUGUCGGAACAGGAAAACAUCGGUAUAUUACCUGGUGUAUCUGUGAUCAAAGAGAAUAGUUCCGCUGAUGUUCCAGCUUCGGAAGUAGUCGCCAAUUUGGCGAGGGAUUUCCCGAAUGAUGUUGAGAAAAGACUGGAUGCUUAUUUGGUUCACAAAGUUGGCAGUUAUCUUAACAGCCAUUCGAUCUCCAUCAAACUUUUCGAUCCGAAAACUUUUGAAGCUACAAGAAGCUUCAACGAAGAGGCACUUGCACAACUCGGCUUGAGCGGCAACCAAAAUGUUGAAACAGGACGUAAGAAAGACAAAGGCGGUUAUGGCGGCUUAAUGGCCGGUCUGAUGAUGAUGAAGGGAACCCUUGGCGCUGUUGGAUUUGGUGCACUUGCGCUUCUUGCCGGAAAAGCUUUGAUGACCGGUCUCAUGGCGUUGAUGUUGUCAGCUAUCAUUGGAUUAAAAUCUUUAGCGAGCGGUGGUGAUAAAAAGACUACGUACGAAAUUGUUAGCAAACCGGUAUAUUCCAGCUCACAUACGCACAGCUCAGAGGAGCAUCACGGACAUGGAUAUGGACAUUCCGGAUACGGAAGGUCUCUCGAUACCGUCCAUGACUCUCUUCAACAGGCUGUAUUGAAAUACGGCAACGCGCACGAUCGUAGAUCGCUUCUGCAGAAUUAAAAUCAUCUAAUCAACUUCAAGGUGUUUGCACACCACUGAUACACGAUAAAAUCUUUAGCACAUUUCUACCUCACCAACUUUCUUUGCUGUUUCUUUUCUUUCAUUCUCACACUAUCAAUUUUUCUCUUUAUCUGUCUGCAUCUUUUUUUCAUCUCACUCUGUCUUCAUCUCUUGUCUUUCUUCUUCGCCAUCAUGACACUUUCUACCUUCUAAGAUCUCGUUUAAUUUCAUUUCAUUGAUCUACAAAUUAUCACUCUUAUUAUCAUAGUCAUAUAGGUAUUUAUUGCGGCCACUAUUGCAUUUUCGACUGAUACCUAUCGAGAAAGUGUAUCAUCGCCGAGUAUGCAGAGUUGCCCACGAUCAUGUACAUGAUUUUUGGAUAUUUAUUUUGUUAUUGUAAAGUUGUAAUAAUAAAAAGCAUUUGUAAAAACA